CGGCCAACCGAUAGACGGUUCGCCAUUUUCAAAACUUCCGAUCGUUUGUUUACAAGUUGGGACGGCGGAGUCUUUGUAUUGUCUUUUUAAGUUAGUCGAGACAUGAGCGUCAUUUUAUGUAAUAAUUGUUAUAAAUUCUGUCAUUGCGUCGUAAGAUAUUUAUCGUUUACAAUUCCUUAUAAACAAGACAGGUUAUAAUGUUUGUUUAACAUUUAGUUUUAUAAUAACUCGAAUGACUUUCUACGUUGAAAAAUUAGUGAUUUGAAUAAUUAAUUAGAGAAGAAAUGGAAAGUGUGAAUGAAGAAUUGACUUCGGUCGACGAACAAAAUGAAAAUCAUAAUCUUCCAGUUAUUGAUAUUGUGAUUAAUAACGUCGUUUGUAGCUUCAAUGUUCGUAGUCAUUUGAAUCUCAAAGAGAUUGCACUUUCGGCAGCCAAUGUCGAAUAUCAUCGUGAGAAUGCUAUGCUUACAAUGAAGUUGAGAAGUCCUUACACUACGGCAAGCAUAUGGUCGUCGGGAAAGAUUACUUGCACGGGUGCCACUAGCAAUGAGAUGGCAAGAAAAGCUGGAAGAAGAUUUGCAAGACUCUUACAAAAAUUAGGAUUUAGAGUAAAAUUUGCUAAUUUUAGAGUAGUAAAUGUUUUGGGCACUUGUACAAUGCCUUUUGCUAUUAAAAUUGUUCAAUUUGCUAAAAAAUAUCAAGGAAUUGCUAGUUACGAACCCGAACUUCAUCCCGCCGUUACAUAUAAAAUUAAAGAUCUAAGAGCGACGAUGAAGAUAUUUUCAACUGGUAGUAUAACUGUUACAGCUCCAAGCAUCAAUAAUGUGCAAGCAGCCGUUGAACACAUAUUCCCAUUGGUUUACGAAUUUCGUAAAGAUCUGGUUAAUGAGAAGAAUUCAAAGACCAUGCAGUCAUCUCAUCAUAGCAUGACAAAAGCAAAGACAAAUCAGUUUCUGAGAACGGUGGAUGAGAUCAACUGUGGUAAAUUCAAUUUUUCCGAAAAUAACAACCAGUGGGAGUAAAGGAUUUUUGUCAAAAAUAUACUUCUUUACAAUUAUUUUCUUAUUUCCUAUUAUUUAACUCUUUAAGCUCUGAAAAUUUCUUCUUUCUAUGUACCCAGAGAUAAAAUUGUUUUUACUCCUCAGGCUAUGAAUUUGUAUACCAAAAACUUUGGCUGAUUUCAUCUUGAAUGGAUUAAGUAUGUUUUGUCUUAUUUUGUGUUUAAAGAGUUAAUAAUAGAGUUAAUAAUAAAGAGUAAAAGAGUUUAAAGAAUAGACAUUUUUUUUUUUAAUGCAUUAGUAUUUGUAUGCUGUCUUGUGGCAGUUUUGUCACGGUGAUUUUUUGAAAAUUUUUAAUUUAUUUAUAGAAAUAAGUCAGCAAAUGAAUAAGUGCUGAAAUCUGGCAUGCUUAUUCUAGUGAUUUAAAAAAACACUGCCAAUUUAUUAAGUCUGAACAUUAGAGUUAAAACUUGGAAUUAAUUUUAUUUUCCCUAAUUUUCAAAUGAUUUUCAAAAGUUGCAUAUUUUUGAUAGCAUGGAUAAAUAAAUAAUAUAAUAGUCUAGAACUUUAUUCCUGUUAACUUCAAAUAAACCACAAAAAAUACUUUUAUGGUGGUCAAAAUCUUCUUGAAAAGAAAUAUGAUAUUUCCUUUCUUUUUCUGGAAGCUGUUUAUAAGAAUUUAGAUGAGUUAAACAUCUAAUUUUUGGGAUUAUCACCAAUUCCUAUAUUAUUGUAAGAUAGCCAACUUAAAUGGUUUGUUCUGUAGAAAAAAGCCAGUCUAAUGUGAAUUUGAACUAAGUAAUGGUAUUCCCAAUUAAAUUAAAAAGUCUAUUUUAAAGUAUAAGCACUAAAUUUCUGUUUUAUUUAUCUACUUUAAUAACUGACAAUCUUGUGUGUGACUUAUACUCAAUUAAAUAUAAAUGAAAAUGAUCAUACUAUUUUAUGUUCUGCAAAAUAAUUAUAAAAGGAUAACUAGACACUUACAUGAAUUCAGUAUUUAAAAAGUUAAAACAGUUAUUAGAAUCAAUUUUGUUUAUUGUUAGAAAGAAUAAUGUCUUAAUGGAGAAUUUGUAAAUAUUGUCAAUAGCGUAUCAAUAUUGUUUAGUUUUACUACUAACUAGUUUUUACUAGUUUUAUUAAUGAUAAUAUCAAUAUCGUGGUUUUGCUUAUAUUAUUGAAACUCUUGCCUUAUGACUCCCCACUUUUAUGACAGGUAUAAACUUAUUAUUUAUGAAGUACUGUAGUUGGUUUUAUUGGCUGUCUUGUAGUUCUAGUUUUAGGAACAGAACCUCAAGUUAUGAAGUUGAAUCUAAGGGAAAGGGAAUUUGAUUUAUGAUCGCUCAUUUUGCAACAUUUUUUGAUGAACCAAUUGGAUUGUAAAAGUAGGUAAUCUAUAGUAGUUGCUGUUUUUAAAAGUCUGAUUCUGUCAUAAAUUAUAUUUUUAUUUUGCAAAAGAAAAUUUGUAAAAUAAAACAGCUCAAAUAUAAUACUGUAGCCAAAUUAUACACUUUAAAGGGUCAAUUAUUUUAUGGGAGUUUUUAAGGCUAAAUUAGAAAUAUGCUCACUUUUGAAUCCAAAGUUGAUUAUUUAGGUGUAACAUAGAAAUCUGUGAUGAUGCUAACAAACUUCAAAUCUGAAUAAAUGAAUAUAUAUACAGUUUCUAAUAUUAAUCAAUCUAAAUAAUGACUAAAAUUUUAAUGUUGAUCAAACAAUUAAUUUACAAAAUUAAAACAAUUUUUAUGUAACAUUGAUUAUUAAUCAUCAUUAUAUUGUUUUAAUUUUAGUGUUUCUUAACUGUUUUCUCACUGCCAUUAUUUUACACAAUUAACUUGCCUUACCUUUCUGUUCUAUUUUAAAAUAGUUUUAUUGGUUGUCAUUUAUGGUUGUCCAUAUCUCAGACUUCAAAAUUGAAAUAUUGCUCACAAUAAACAUAAACACGUUAAGUUUAAAGAGUAGAACAUGACGGUUUAAUUAUAUUAUUUUGGUGAACUUCCUUGUUCUAGUGCAUGCCACUCAAAUGUGAAUAUAUUGACUAGACAGCAAUUAUAGAGAUUUAAGAACUUUGUCACUAUUAAUGUUUCAUCACCCAAGGAUGGAACUGUCACAGUUUAUCACUAGUGACUCAAAGUCCUAUUUUAGUGUUAGAAAAACAAUCUAUUUAUACAUACAUUUCUCUAAGAGAAUCGAAAAUAUAAGGUAGUGUUAGCAUUGUAGUUAGAUAAUUGUGUAUGGUUUUUAUGGAUUUUGGAGAUCUGAUCUAAAUCACUUUCAACUCUAAAAACAGAAGUUUUAUCAAAGAAAAAAGUGACACUAUUAGGAAGUGUUUUGGACAACAAUUCAAGAUUCAUUAAAUAAAAUAAACUAAUUUUCACUAGCAGGUUUGUACUGGGAUGUGAAUUGCAUCAUGACCGAGACUUACCUGUUGAGAAGAAAAAAAAUGAAAUUAUCACAUAAUAUAGCUUUUAUAGUAAAUACUUCUUCAAUACAUAAUAUUUUUGUGCUUGAUUAAAAGAGAAUUAAGUUUUUAAUUUAAAACACACUUUCAAAAAUACACACUGGUCAUUGGUGUGGAAACUUGAUAUUGAAAAUAGUUUUGGAUAUUUUGAUUAAAAUGGCAUUAUUUUAAAAUGACAAAUAAGAAUCAAACUUGAAUAGCUUUGAUAUAAGUUAUAGCAUGGUAUUUUUGUUUUUUAAUUCCAAUUGAAGAGCAAAUGUUAAUGUCAGAAUAUUUGUUGAUGUAAAGCAUGCAUUGUCAUAUAGAAAUAGCACUUUUGAUAUAUUUUUGAAUAAUAGGCAAGCAGCAUUCAAAUGUAUUGGAAUUGUUAUCUUUGUGCCAAGUUGAAAUCACAUUUUUAACCAAAAUGCUUUGUAAUAUACAAUAAUUUGCUAAUUAUUAAAACAGUUAGGAUGUUUUUAAUAGAAGGCAAAAUAAUUCACUUUGAUUUCUCAAUAAUUUUCCUAAAUAAGUUUAUGUUAUCCACAUAAGUCCUAUUUAUAAACAAGGUGUAUUAUAAUAUUGUAGUUUUGAAUUGGUUUCCUCUGCUAAUUCAAACCUACACCAGCAUAUGUCCUAUUCAUAAACAAGGUCUACAUGGACAAUAUAAAAAGCAAAAUUGAAACAUUAUGUACAUAGAGGUACAAAUAAUUCCUAAAUAAAUGUUUGCUUUCACUCAUUCAAAUAGUUCACAAUAAGACAAAGUUUAAUUUGCAAAUGGUUUGAAAAUGAAUGCUAGGGUAAAAGUAAAACAUCUUUUGGAUACAGCCUGGCUUUUUUUUUAGAGAAAAGUGAUUGACACUUUAGUUUCAAUACUAUAAUUCAUCUUUUAAGAUAUCCUUAAAUUAUGGAUUAUUUUAAAAAAUGAUUCUUUCAACAUUUUCUAUUGUUUUUUUUUUAUUGAUUUAAAAUGAAUACUUUUUAAAGCUUAGAGUAUAGACUGCAUUUAUUAUUAACGAAAGCAGUUGAGAUACAGACAAAAAAUAUAUUUGAUCUGUGAGAGAUACAAAAUCAUCUGUUUUGGCAUUAUUUAUCAGCCAUUCAAGUAACACAUGAAUGUAACUAGGAUAAAACACAUUAAUAGCUUGGACAGUUGGAUCAUUUGUCAUAGUAUUAGAAAGGUCUAAUUCAUUUUCUGUUUGAAUUAUUACUUUUCUCUGAAAACAGCUAUAAAAUACAUACUCAAAGAAAGAACCAAUUUGAUGAUCAAUGUUUGCAUUUUUAUGUUUUUAAUUUUAAUGCUAAUAGUUGAAUUUAAAAUAAAUUUUUUGCUUUUUACCUUUCAUAAAAAUUUAGCCAAACACAUUAUGAAUAUAUUUGGUGGCACAAAAAAUAUAAAUAAUAAUUGUAUACGUUAAACAGGUCAAAAUAUUUGCUAUUUUAACAGUGAGUUGAAUAAAUUCUUACUUGAUUGACUAUUUUUGUUGUGAAAAUUGUCAGUUAAACUAUUAUAUUUUACAUCUCAAUAGCAGGGCUGUGGAGUUGAGUCAGGAGGAAUUUGUGGCUAGAGGAGUCGGAGGCUGAAAAAGUGUCGACUCAGACUCCCAUACUUUAAAUUUAUUUCAGUUUCUUUUAUUUAAAUGAAAGAUUUUAAAAAAUUAAUAAAU